AGGUGGGGCCUGGGGAGCCAGUGCCCCGGCUCUGGUUCCCUCCCCACCCCCACCCUCUUCCUGACCCUUUGCCUCUGGCCCCACAGGCAGUUCCCGACCUGGCCGUGGCCUCAGCCACUGCUCUAGGCGUCUCCCCUUUACCGUGAGCCCUGAGUACAGCACUCACGACCAGGGCCUCGAUUCACAGGCCACCCUCUGGACCAGGACAGGCCCAGUAAGAUGGGGACCAGAGUGGUGCCUGGGCUUCAGCUGGUGAUGCUGGCGCUGUUGGUGCUGGGGACCCCCAAGCUGGGGGUGCUGGGGGAGGAGGGGCUGAACUUCCCUGAGUAUGAUGGCGUGGACCGUGUGGUCAACGUGAACACCAAGAACUACAAGAACGUGUUCAAGAAGUACGAGGUGCUGGCACUGCUCUACCAUGAGCACCCCGAGGACGACAAGGCCUCCCAGAGGCAGUUCGAGAUGGAGGAGCUCAUUCUGGAGCUAGCAGCGCAGGUCCUGGAAGAUAAGGGCGUCGGCUUUGGGUUGGUGGACUCUGAGAAAGACGCAGCUGUGGCCAAGAAGCUUGGACUGACGGAGGAGGACAGCAUUUACGUCUUCAAGGGGGACGAAGUCAUUGAGUACGAUGGCGAGUUAUCUGCUGACACGCUGGUGGAAUUCCUGCUGGAUGUCCUGGAGGACCCAGUGGAGCUGAUUGAGGGGGAGCGAGAGCUGCAGGCCUUCGAGAACAUUGAGGAUGAGAUCAAGCUCAUUGGCUACUUCAAGAGCAAAGACUCAGAGCAUUUCAAAGCCUAUGAGGACGCCGCUGAAGAGUUCCACCCAUACAUCCCCUUCUUCGCCACCUUUGACAGCAAGGUGGCAAAGAAGCUGACACUGAAGAUGAAUGAGAUUGACUUCUAUGAAGCCUUCAUGGAGGAGCCCGUGACCAUCCCAGACAAGCCCAACAGCGAGGAGGAGAUUGUCAGCUUUGUGGAGGAGCACAAGAGGUCCACCCUGAGGAAACUGAAGCCGGAGAGCAUGUAUGAGACCUGGGAGGACGACCUGGAUGGAAUCCACAUUGUGGCCUUUGCAGAGGAAGCAGACCCUGAUGGCUACGAGUUCCUGGAGACACUCAAGGCUGUGGCUCAGGACAACACAGACAACCCUGACCUGAGCAUCAUCUGGAUUGACCCUGAUGACUUCCCGCUGCUGGUGCCCUACUGGGAGAAGACCUUUGACAUCGACCUCUCAGCCCCCCAAAUAGGAGUCGUCAAUGUCACUGAUGCGGACAGCAUCUGGAUGGAGAUGGACGAUGAGGAGGACUUGCCCUCAGCAGAGGAGCUGGAGGACUGGCUGGAGGAUGUGCUAGAGGGAGAGAUCAACACGGAGGAUGAUGACGACGACGACGAUGAUGAUGAUGAUGACGAUGAUGACAAUUAGCUGCCUGAUCCCUCUUGCCCCUGUCCCUCCUGUCCCUUCCCUCCAUCCUUCCCUGAGCUACUCCAGGGACACUAGGUCAUUCUUGACCACAGGGCUGGUGGAUACCGAUGUGGGCUCUGGGGAAGGGAUAGGCCAGUGUCCCUCCACACCACCCGGGCCCACUUGCCUCCUCCCUCACACACCCUGAUUUGCUCCCUGUCCCUCACCCACCCUCUCAUUCUGGUGCUUUUCUUCCUGCCCACCUGUGGCCCCAAGCUCUGAGCCCCUCUAGCUGUGCACGCCACCCCUCAAACCCAUCCUCUGCCCUGCUGGGGCAGGUGGCCAUGGCUCUUGAGUCUCUCCUUGUGUAUCCGGGUCACACAAGAGGCCUCAAUAAAGGAUCUGGGGCAACAUGA